AUGGCAUGGUUGAACGACGAGAUCAUCAAUGGCUACCUCGAAUUGAUCGUUGCCUACCUCCGACGAAUCUCAGGCAAUACGGGGCGGAACGAAAAGCCCAAGUACCAUGCCUUCAGCACCUUCUUCUUCUCCAAUCUCCGUCAAAAGGGCUACGCUGGCGUCGCAAAAUGGGCCACGCGUGCCAAGAUUGGAGGAGAAGGCCUCCUCAAUGUGGACACGGUCUUCAUCCCGGUCCACAACAGUGCUCACUGGACCUUAAUGGUCGUCAAGCCGUCCGCCCGGACGAUUGAGCACUUCGACUCACUGGGCUCCCUGUCGCCCGCCUACGUCGCCCUAGCCAAGGGCUGGCUGCGUGGUGAGCUGGGACAACUUUACGUGGACGAGGAGUGGAACGUCCUCCCGUCCAUCUCCCCGCAGCAAGACAAUGGCAGCGACUGUGGGGUCUUUCUCCUAUCCACGGCCAAGGCAGUGGCUGUGGGCCUCGAGCCCCUGUCCUACGGGGCAGCCGACAUCCCUCUGCUUCGACAGAAGAUCGUUGCAGAGUUGAUGCGCGGCGGGCUCGAGGGGGAGUUUGACCCUGCAGGGGAGUCCGGUGAGUUGCGGCUGUAA